CGUGAGUGGUAGGGACCUGGCCUAUUCAUAUAAAUUGGAUUGCAUCUUCAUUGGGUUUAAUAUGCCAACGAAAAGAGAAAAGAGCAGUUGUGAAUAUGAUUGCCCUAACGUUAUUCCUGACUGUGAUUAUCUCACUUACCACAGUAUCAGGCGAAUGUCCAAAUGGUUGGAUUAGAUUUGACAAAUCUUGCUAUCGGCUGUUCAGACAAAGCCCUCAGUCAUGGCCAGAGGCAGUGUUUGCGUGCGAACAACAUGAUGCGUUUCUGGCUUCAAUUGAGACCAAAGUUGAAAAUGGCCAUCUACAGGAAUUGAUAGCAGAAUCCAAUGUUCUUAAGACUGACAACGUGUGGAUCGGACUCUCUGAUGUGCGAGAAGAAGGAGUGUUUGUGUGGGAAUCAACCCGACAAACUGCCACUUUCCUCCCCUGGGGUAAACACGAGCCAAACCAACCAGCAGAUUUACAAGAAGAUUGUGUCAUGUUGUUUGGCAGGCAAGAACACACGUUUGCCGAUGCUGCCUGUGAAAUAAAGUACUCCUAUCUGUGUGAAAGGCCUUUGAAUGGGGUUUUACCUGUUGUCGGAUGAAGACUCUUUCGAUUGAAACAACAUGUCAUUGUGUAUAUGAUCAUGAAAACGGCAAUUAAACUCGUAUAUUUUCCAUAU